CAUCAUUAUGAUCGGCGGUGCGACCGACUACUUUACAAACUUUUCAUUUAUAUUCUGUUCGCUUUGGUAUUUCACACUUUCACCACCACUCCUCCAGUAGAUUGGACAGCCCUAUGGAGACCGCAAUCAGGACCUCUCCGGGUCACCGGUGUCCGACUCCGGGAAAUAUCAGUGACGAUGGAGAUUCCGACAGUCAACAUGACGAGUCCGGUUCACUCGAUGAGGAUAUUAGUUUGUCUCCUGAAACUCACACCAGUUCUAAUGGAUCUAUAAACAAAAGUAACAAAUCAAAACAAUCUCCAAACAACAUGCCAGCAUCUGAGGCCCAAGGCCCAACCAUGCCUUUGUCAUUUGCUAUGGCUGAUAUUUUAGACCCUAAGAAAUUCACAGGCUGUCCCGUGCCGGGAAAGGGACAAGUCUGGAGUCCAUGGAAGGACCAUUCCGUCAGGGAUUCGGAGGGAAACGAUUCCGCUCUGGAAGAGGAACAGUCCGAGCAUACAGGACCGCUUUCAAGUCACAGAGUUGGAUCAAAAGAUGAAAGAAUCGACGUGGAUACCGACGAUAACUCGCUGUUAGAUGAUACAGACGAUAUGGAAAAUGAUAUUGGUGAAAGCGACGGCGAAAAGGACGAUAAAAGGUGUAAAAGCGGAUUUGACUCAUCAAAAUCAGCCGGAAAACCGAGACGUGCGCGCACGGCAUUUACAUAUGAACAACUUGUAGCAUUAGAAAACAAAUUUAAGACCACACGAUAUUUAUCUGUGUGUGAGAGACUUAAUUUGGCAUUAUCUUUAAACCUCACCGAAACGCAGGUAAAAAUAUGGUUUCAAAACAGGAGAACGAAGUGGAAGAAGCAGAACCCUGGGAUGGAUGUAAAUAGUCCAACUAUUCCACCAUCUCCCUCGAGUUUAUCAUCAUUUACCUCCCCUUAUUCUUCGAGCAUGCUCUAUGGACACCCCUACCUGCCUAGUCACAAUAUAAUGGGCGCAUUAGGACUUCUGAGAGCGCACCCCGCUUACUCUGGACAAAACCACCCCGUGUACUACCCAUACUUCAGUCAGAGUACAUAGUUCAGGUUGUCAUCGCAAUAUUUCAUCAUGUGACGUCACUUUUUCCAAUGCAGUGUUUGACUCUUAUCGUUCGUUCAUCACAGAAAUUCGCACGGAACUAAAAGUUGUGUAGAGAUUUUAUUUCAAUUUUACUCAACUUUAUCAAAUCUAUCCCAUGAUGUCUCCUGGCGGCCCAAUGUAUCCCAGCAUCCUAAUAAACAUAAAUUAUAAAUGGUUGCUCCAAACCUGUAGUCCCAAGGUGUGGAUACAUGACCUCCACAUAGCACAGAGGCGUAUUAGUGCUGGUUUACACAUAUCUAUAUAUACAUACAACCGUACCUAGUACGUGACUAUAUCAACCGUACCUAGUACGUGAUAUACUUAUUACGUUUUUACGUGACAGAUACAGUGUAAGAAGCAGCCAUGACUGAACAGCAUUUUCGUUUUUUAUAUUUGUCUUUUCCUACGUUCUUCUUUUACCCCCGAUAGUCUGUAUUUCCUCUGUCUAUACAUGAAACAUCGUUAUUGUGUUAAAAGAGAAUCAAAUUUUAUGUGUUCACAGUCUAGUUCAAUAACACUUGAACUACAUGUUACAGUACUAAACAAUUGGCUAUACCUUUGAUUGCGAAGUUUCCAUACCUAAACUUAUUAAGAUUAUCAUUAUAUAAUGAUACUCUGUUUAUCGUAACAUUGCAAAGGGCGGUGAUAACGCCAUUAUUAUGUUAUUUAUAGUGAUCAAAUUCCAUUUACCUGUUAAAUAUCUCGCAGAUUUUGAUUUUGUGACUGGGUAUUUAGUUGAAGUACAAGUAAAAACAUUAUGAUUGAAAUUUUUUUACUACAAAUUAAAUGUAUUAUUUUUUAUUUAAAUUCCAAAUAUAUAAUUUGCAAUGAAAAACAUUUAUUUUCAUAACCUGGAAACUGGAUUUCCUUUACAUGAUGACAAAAGCUUAUAUAACAAAAAAUAAUGGAUUUGUUGCCAAUCUUUAUAUAUAUACUACUUUAAACAUGUGAAAAGUGUUGGAAAGUGGGAGUUGUAUAACUGUUGUGUAGGGUGAUGGGGCCGGGGUUGGUUGGGGAAAGGGCAGGGGAGAGGGAGGGGGGACGGGGCUAUAUAUACUACGUGAUUAACGGAAUAUCUUUAUUGUUGUUAUUUAUAAUUAUGUCUAUGACACUGUUGUUAAUAUUACAUGUCAAAAUAUAUAUAAAAUAUC